UAGUGAAACUGUUUAUAAAUCAUAUUGUUGACAAUGCCGCGUAAUAAUGCCCGUCGUAAAAGUCAGAUUAGUGACAGUGAAGAAGUGGCAGACGUUUCCUUCUCCAGUGAGAACCAGUUCGCGUCACUAUUGACCGCUUUCGCAAAGGUUCAAGCGGAGUCCAAUAGUCAACUCGUAGCAGCUAUCCUAGCAGCACAGUCAGGCGGCGCUGCUGGUUUCGUUUCGCCACCACCUUCACCACACACAUCACCUGCGACAUUGGGUAACUUCGCCAAAUGCACGGCCCGGUUCCGCGGCGACACUGACGCCGACCCUGCGGUCUUGGAGGCAUUCAUCGAUAAUAUCGAAAUUUAUAAAGAGUGUAUGAGUAUACCUGACACUAUAGCACUAAAGGGCUUGCCGAUGCUCCUAGAGGGAGAUGCUGCCGUGUGGUUUAGAGAUAUUCGAACCUCAGUAACUUCGUGGGAAGAAGCUAUGAGUCGCUUGCGUGCUAUGUAUGGUACGCCGCGGCCACCACACAAAGUGUUCCGUGACAUAUUUAAGUCCGAGCAAGAUGCUGAUCGCACAGAAGUGUUCGUGGCCCGCCUGCGCGCCCUUCUCACUACGUUACCUUAUGUAUUAGAAGAACGAGUACAGCUAGACAUUAUAUAUGGGUUACUAAACAGAUCUAUAAGGAAAAGAGUUACGAGAGAGAGUGUAACUACGAUAGAACUUAUAUAUAAAGCCCGUAAUGUCGAAGAAGCGUUAAGUGAAGCAAAUAAACUGUCGUCGAAGUCGUCGUCAACUGUUACGAAGUCAGCGCGCGAUUCCAUAAGUCGUGCGCAUUGCGCGCCAACAGCGCGCGCCAUAACGCCUGUGCGCGAGCAGCGCGCACCGCCGCACGCAGCGCGCGGUGCGCGUCCACCCGCCGAAGCGCAGCGUUCCGCCCCUACGGCGCCGGCCCCGCAGCCAGAUAGUGCCGACUUCGCGCCUUCUACGUCCAGUGCUCCGGUAGUAAGUUCUACCAAACGAGAGAAUAUAAAUGUGUCUCCGAGAGACAAUGUUAAUGUAGGUAGCAAUGUUAAAACUUAUAAUUUAUGUAAUCAAUGUUUAAAUGUAUCGCGAGCGGAUUUUUGCGUUUCACCGUUGUGUUUUAUGCGGAAUGACGACUCAACGCGCCGACCUCUAUUAAAUAUUGAGGUAUAUGGGUUUCGUGGUACGGGUUUAAUAGAUACCGGUGCUAAAUGUUGUGUUGCUGGUAGCACUCUUUAUUUUUUACUUCAACAGCAACAGCAUCCCUUUCGAGAGCAUUUAUUGUCAGUUAAACUUGCUGAUGGUUUAAUUCGCGAUGUAAAUGUAAAGCUCGUGGAUAUAAAUGUUCAACUUGCAGGUAUGCUAAUACCUACCACUUUUGUUAUUUUCCCCGACGCGAGUAAUAAUGAAACAUUGUUAUGCAUUGAUUUUUUGCGUAAAGCCCGUAUAGUCCUUAACUUACCUGAGAAUUACUGGUUCACAGCUGAUCGCCCCGAGGUCAUUCACCCCUUGUGUUUUGAGUCAUGUGGUGACAUAGUUGGAUGUGCAGCCACAAAUGUUUUGCGGCCAGAUGAGGGUUCCAUGCUAUCUCCAUCAGAGAAGAUUAGACUCAGUGAGCUACUCCAAGAAUAUGAAGACAUCUUUGGAGAAGGGGGAGGGCCUACGCCUUUUGCGGAGCAUUGUAUAGAGACUGGGGAGCAUGCGCCUAUUGCUGUACCUCCGUACCGACUUACGCCCGCCAUGAAAGCUCUUAUGCAAGAACAAUUGGAGCAUAUGAUCCAACAAGGUAUUAUUGAGGAAUGCGAGUCUGCAUGGGCGGCGCCAGCUCUUUUAGUACCUAAGAAGGAUGGGUCAUAUAGAUUUUGCGUAGAUUAUAGGAGACUGAAUGCUAUUACAAAGAGUGACGCUUAUCCGUUGCCUGUUAUCGACGAUUUGCUGCAGUACACAGGUAAGAGUUGUUACAUGAGUACUGUGGACCUGCGGUCCGGUUACUGGCAGGUUUCCGUUCGUAUGGAGGAUCAGGAUAAAACUGCGUUCGUGACUCCCUUCGGAAUGCAUAGAUUUAGGCGCAUGCCUUUUGGUUUACGCAACGCACCAGCCACCUUCCAGCGGCUCAUCGAUAGAUUCCGGUCGGGAGCAACUCUCAAGGACGUUACCAUUCUAGGAUACAUAGAUGACCUCAUUAUAAUCUCAGCCAGCUACGAAUAA